GAGUAAAAUAUUUUAGAGAUGAAAGUCAAAGAUUAUUUUCGAUGAUAUAUAAAGAUGAAAGAACAUUACCAGUGAAAAUACUUCAACAUGCGGAAAGUUUCCAAGAGUUAGCAAAUUAUUGGGGCUAUCCAGUUGAAGAACAUAUAGUGAAAACAAAAGAUAAUUAUAUAUUGGGAGUUCAAAGAAUUCCUCAUGGGAAACAACCAUCUGCCACUUUUGCAUUAAAUCCAACUCAACAGCAAGACCCUAGUAUAGAAACCAUAUUUAAGAAUAAUGGAAUUUCAUUAUCAGCAAUUAGAAAGGAUCCGAAUGAAAUAAAGAUAAAGAAUAAAGCAAACUCUUCUGAAUCAUCGUCUCAAAAAAAAAAAUACAUUAAACCCGUUGUACUACUUUAUCAUGGAUUGAUGACUUGUAGUGAGCUUUGGAUUUGUAAUGUAGAAUAUGAAAAUAGAUUGGCCUGUUUAUUAGCUGAUGCAGGAUACGAUGUGUGGUUUGGUAAUAUUAGAGGUAAUAAGUAUUCAAUGAAGCAUACUAAAUUUGAUCCAAGUGAAAGACAAUUUUGGGAAUAUUCGAUGGAUGAAAUGGCUUUAUACGAUUUACCAGAUACUAUUGAUUACAUCUUGGAAGUAACGGGAGCACCUUCACUAGCAUAUAUUGGAUUUUCUCAAGGAACAGCUCAAUGUUUUGCUGCACUAUCAAUUAAUCCAACUUUAAACAAUAAAGUAAACUUAUUUAUAGCGUUGGCCCCAGCGACAAGUCCAAAAGGACUGAGAAAUCCAGUUGUUGAUGCGUUAAUGAAAUCAUCACCAAAUGUAAUAUAUUUAUUUUUCGGUCGUAAAGCGGUAUUAGCAAUGGCAUUGUUCUGGCAAAAUGUAUUAUCACCACCUAUUUUUACUAAAAUUAUCGAUUUGGCUCUAAGAUUUUUAUUUGGUUGGAAUUGUAAAAAUAUCAGUGAAACACAAAAGGCUAUUGGUUAUUAUCAUUUAUAUAGUUAUUCAAGUACCAAAAGUUUGGUUCACUGGUUUCAAAUUAUUGGUUCGAGAAAAUUUCAAAUGUUCAAUGAUUCGCCACCUUAUUCUUACACUUCAACUUCAUUAGGUUACUCUUGUCAAAAAUUCCCUACGUUGCAAAUUACUACACCUAUAGCCAUAUUUUAUGGUGGUAGAGAUAGUUUAGGUGAUAUGAAUAUGUUAUUAAAACAAAUUCCUGCUCCUGUUCUUGUAAGAGAAGUCUUGGAUUAUGAACAUUUAGCACCUAGUUUAUCACCAUUGUUUUAUGUCGGUUUGUUUCAAAUCACUUGUGAAGAAAAAUUAAGCAAUUACCAAAAUAGGAAAUUUUAUAAAGUCAUUUGUAAACUUUACAACCAAAAUGAAGAACUAGUUAAGCAUAUUAUCGCAAAAAAUGUUGAACCAGUUAACAGUUUACAGUUAAAUAACUCUCAAAAUGAGAAUGUAAUUUUUAAUAAUCAAGAUUCGGUUAUGGAAGAAUUUGAAGUUACUCUUGACGAAAUUGAAAGCUCCCAAUCUAAUGAAAGUUACGAAAUAGCAAAAGUAACGAAGAAAAAUAAUGCACUUCCAUGUAAAUGUAAAUGGACGGAUGAAGCCAUUAUAUCCUUACUUUUAUACAUGAAAGAUCAUAAACAAGAUGUCUCAAAGCUAAAAUGUCGUGGUGCUACGGCUAGCCAAGUUAGAAAGCCGCUCUGGAUCGGUGCUUCCGCUGAGUUACGCGACAUAUAUACUGCCGAACAGUGUGAGAUAAAGUGGAAGAAUGCUAAAAAGCAAUAUAAGAAUAGGGAAGACUUUAAGUAUAAGUCUUACGUCGAAGAAAUUCUUAAUUAA